GUUGAGCACAGUCUCGGCGAGAGUGAGAACAUCGUUCUCGUCGUUGUGUCGCGAUACUAAGAGUUUCGUUCUCUGAACAUGUCGUCUUGGUCUGGCUCUGGGUACCCUCCUCCUCGCGGCCGCUCGCGGUCUCGCUCUCCUUACCGCUCAGCAUAUCCUCCCCCAAGGCCUGAGCCUGGAUAUCCCCCGCCGGAGUCGUAUCGAAGCGAGUGGGAAGCUUACGAGAGGGAGAGGGUUUGGGCGCAGUAUGACAGGGAGCGUCCCGGCUAUGACUACGGGAGACGUGGGAGGAGUCGUAGCCCGCCGCCACCGGAAGAUGGCCGUAAGCGUCGUCGGUCAGUCUCGCCGUGGGAGCGCGACCGCUAUGACCCACGUCCGCGUUAUGGCGACGAUUACGAUGCGCAUUCAAGGGGAUAUGGUCAUACGUCACCUCAUCGAGGGCCGUACCCGCCGCCUCCACCACCGUACAGCUCCUCCCGACGUGCUCCUCCAGAUCCUCAUACCUUCGAUUACCCCGCGACCUUGAAACAGUAUGCCGAGUGGUUCCGUUACUACUACCCGCAACAAGCAAGCGAGGAAGAUAAUGCGGACAAGGCCGCUGAACAGGAGGCGGGUGACGGUUCGAAGCCUCGCAAUGGUAUUCGCACACGCUGGGAGAAGUACAAGAAGGAUUUCGCCGCCCAGCAGUUGCAACGGAUGUUCGACCAUCACCGGAAGUCGCCAUGGUUCGCAGAAAAGUAUGAUCCUUCUCCUGAGUGUCAACAGAUGCGCUCGCGGGUACGCAAGAAUGGCUGGAAGGGCCGCAUGGACGCUUUCCUACUCGAACUUGAGUCCGGGAAGUUCGAUCCCGACCUUCAAGAAGCGGAGCAAGAGGCCGAGUCCUCAGCGUCCGCGACGAAGGAGUCUGCUCUUAAUGGUGAAGCAGCGCAUUCCACUAGUGGCGAUGCCCCUGAGGGCUCCGCCGUCCCGGCGUCGAUGGAAGAGCAGAAGCCGAAUCUUAGUAAUGACGACGAGAUGCAAUUCAACGUUGAGGCGGAAGAUCAGGGCGAUGACCACGAUCCGAGUCGUGCGGAUGCCAACGGCAAGCAGCUCGGGGACCCGAAGCGUCAGCUCAAUCGGGGAGAAGAAGUAUCUAUUCCUCCUGAGGGCAACCAAAUCAUGAUUCGAACCAUCCCGCCAGAUAUUGGACGCAUGAAACUGGAGGAGUCCAUCAGCAAUAUCUCUGGUUACGUCUAUCUGGCUUUGGGUGACCCUAUGCAGAAGCGUAACUACUACCGUGCUGGUUGGAUCAAGUUCACCGACGAUGCGGAUAUGCCCUCCGUUCUCGCUGAGCUGUCCGAGAAGAAGAUCGAGGGUUUCAAGCUUCAUGUAGCACACAUCACUAAACCGUUCACAAGCAGGAUUCGUUACGUGCCAGAGGUUGCAAGCAAGCCCGAUAGGUUAGCCAAGGAUCUCGAAAAUGCCAAGGCCCUCGCUGCAACCUUGGAAGCGGAAUAUGAGACGCUGAGGAAGAUGAAGAUUGAGAACAAGCUGGAAACCAAUGGUGAAGCCACCGACGCGAAUGGCACAUCGCAGCCGGCAGACGUCUCAAUGAAUAACGCUGACGGCGAGAGCCAGGAUGAUGCUGAAUCGCAGGAACGGGGUAGCGAUGCUGUGGAACGGAGAAUUCAGAAACUCAUGACAGACAUGCGCGAGCAAAAUGCGCUUGAUUUCGGUGACGAGAAAGCUGUGGAGGCUCGUAGGACGGUGAUUGCUCUGGACCUGUAUCUUGCCUAUCUCCGCACAGCGUUCAACGCAUGCUACUACUGCGCCGUCGUCACUGAUCAUGUAGAGGAAUUGCAGCGCAAGUGUGUGAAGCAUGUGAGGAAGCCGUUGUCCAAGUCUUUGCUUCAGGAGAUCAAAGCCGCAGAGGCGCAAAGGGCUGAAAAAGAGCCUAAAGCAGAGGAAGAGUGUAUGGAUGAGAGAGACAAAGAGAAAGAGAAAGAGAAGGAGUCGGCUGCAAAGGACAAGCCAGAGAGCCGGGACUGGAAACGGAAUGAUGAGCGAUGGCUUGAAUGGCUGGAUUCUAAGCUUGCGCUUCUGAUUACCCGCAAUGGGGUUGAUCCGCGAGAUUAUCUUGGCAAGAGCUACGAAGAAGAGCUCAGCAAGGCUUGCGAGCAACACAUCAAGCAAGAAGACGAGGGGAAGUUUAGAUGCAAGACUUGUCAGAAGCUGUUCAAAGCUACUUCAUUCGUGGAGAAGCAUAUCGCGAACAAGCAUCCAGACCUCGUCAAGCAUCUGGAGGACAUACCUUACUAUAAUAACUUUGCGCUCGAUCCGCAUCACAUUCAGCCGUUCACUCACCCUCCUCAGCCGGUCGGCAAUGCCGCUCAAGCACCUCCCCCGCAGGCAUUCGGCCUUCAGGGCCCUGCGUUUCCUAUGGGCGAGUUUCCAAGACCUGCGCCCUAUCACCCUCCCUAUCCGGGAUACCCGCCUCCUUAUCCACCCAACGGCGGAUAUUGGGAUCCCUAUGCAUAUCCGUACAUGCCGGCGCCGUAUCCACUUCCACGACGCGAAGAGGCGGUCACCGCGAGGCGACUCAGCGACCGACUUGGCGGUUUCGCACCUGGAUAUGAACAGCCGUCGGAGAUACCAUCGAUUCCCGCGUCCGCUGGCCUUCCUGCCAAGCCGAUGGCAGCCGCAGAAGCUGCGACGACGGGUGGAAGGAGGAGCGGUCGCUCUAACAGUAUGAACGGCCCUCCGCCUCCGCCGCCGCCAGACGCGAAGGAGGACCCUCGGGCAGCAGCGGGAAAGAAGGUCAGCUAUCACGACAUGGAUCUGGUCGCAGAAGGCGAUGUGGAGCUCACGUACUGAGUGAGCUGUGUUGUACUAUAUCAUUAUGUUGUUUGGACUGGACUGUCGCGGCUGUGUUCCUAAUUUUGUCGCUUUCCC